UUGCGUCGUCAGCGCGAGCGCACUCUUCCUGAUGAGGUCACCGAGGCCAUCACCUCCCCGACAGAGCUACACGCAGCCCUGACCCCUCCCGCUCAAAACGACCCUGUCACAGGAGAUCAUACCUCGACCGAGAUAAUCAGCGAGCCUUCUGCUGCCCAGGUGGUUCCUGUCGCCCGCUCGACACCAAGUUCGAUCACGGCGCACCAGGUCGACCCAACCGAUGCCUCUCGCGUCCAGAUGCUGGUGCGCUGGGAUCCGUCUGGAGAUGGCACCCAGGCUUGGGAGGAUGAACGCUAUCUCCAGGUGGAGCACCACGACGCCUGGCUGGCGUAUAUCGAGGCCCACGACCCUCGGGCCAUCCUCGGUCCGAACCAGCGCCACCUCUGGCACAUAUUGUCGAUCACCAAUCAUCGCGUCGUUAGGCGCGGAAGUGCGCGAAGAAAGACAAUCAUGUUUAUGAUCUCAUGGGAGGGAAGUAAUGAGGAAACCGAGGAAUCAGAGGCUUUCGUCCGCAGGAACAACCCCGCUGCGCUCUGCCAGUACUGGGAGACGCUUGGAGGCCGCGCGAACGCGUGUCGUUGA